GUCAGGCUAUUCGUUGUUCAUGUUCGUAUUAUCGGUUUUAAUGAUUUUCUCAACAAGUUAAAGUAAUGUAAGUUGCGAUUUAAAUUAUAACAAUGGGUGGACAAAAGUUUGAAUACGAUGAAAGUGGUUCCACAUUCUUUUACUUUGUUCUAUCAUUCCUCGCUUUAAUAUUAGUCCCGGCGACAUUUUAUUAUUGGCCACGAAAAAGGAAAGAAGAUCCCCAAAAGUUAGCAGAACAAUGUCAAUGUCCACCAUGCAAGCAAAAACAAAUAAUAAUAGAGCAGUCACAACCUUACAAAAAGGUGAAAAAUUUCUUUAUCAUGCUGGCAAUUAUAUCUGGAUGGGUGCUACUUGGAUUCUUGGCUGUUAAAGUGUCUCAGUUUGACUAUGAAAUGUCCAACUUUGAUCCAUAUGAAAUUUUGGGGCUGCCCCCUGGUUCUACGCAAGCUGAAAUUAAGAAGUCUUACAGAAAGCAAUCUUUAAUCCUCCAUCCUGACAAAGAGACAGGGGACGAAAAAGCAUUUAUGAGACUUACCAAAGCAUAUCAAGCUUUAACAGAUGAAGAAGCUCGAAGAAACUGGGAAAAAUAUGGUAACCCAGAUGGACCUGGCGCUAUGAGUUUUGGAAUAGCUUUACCUAGUUGGAUUGUAGAGAAAGAAAACAGUGUUUGGGUACUUGGGCUGUACGCUCUUGUGUUUAUGGUGGCUUUACCAACAGCUGUUGGUAUGUGGUGGUACAGAUCUAUUAGAUUUUCUGGAGAACAAGUUUUGUUGGAUACAACACAGAUGUACUUCUACUUUUGUCAUAAAACACCUUCAAUGCCACUGAAAAGGGCGCUAAUGAUAUUGGCAGCUUCUUGUGAGUUUGAUCGCAGACAUAAUUCUGAAGUGAUCGAAAGGAUAACUGAUAAUGAUGAAGUCCCUAUGUUACUACGAGAUCUACCAAACCUCGGUGAGAAAAAUAAGGAACAGCCCCUAUGUCGUCCCUACAGUAUAAAGGCGAGGGCUCUCCUUCAUGCACAUCUGUCCAGGAUGAAACUACCGCAAGACACUUUGGAAGUUGACAGACGGUACAUUGUGUCUCGUUGCCCCGACCUCAUAGUCGAAAUGGUCAACUGUGUUAAUCAGUUGAUUGCUCUCGCAUAUGCUAGAAGAAUCCCUCGUUUACCUACUAUAGAGACAAUUGAAAAUUGUAUGAAAAUGUCACCAAUGAUAGUACAAGGACUUUGGGAGUACAAAUCACCACUACUACAGUUACCAUACAUCACAGAAGAUCACUUGAAAUACUUUAUAAACCGCAAGAAACACAUCAAGUCGUUGUUACAGUUAGCCCAACUCCCGGGAGAGGAGAGAAGACAAAUGAUGCGGUUCCUCAACGACAAACAAUAUGAAGAUGUCAUGAAGGUUUUAGGGACUAUGCCGUACAUACACUUCCAAGUCAAUACAGAAGUUAUUGACGACGAGAACUCUACAGUAGUAACGGCAGGUGCAAUAGUCACAGUGACAGUUUUUCUCAAGAGAACCAACAUGAAAGAGCUGUUUGGAGAUACAUCAAUUAAAGAAAAAGAUAAUAUAAAAGACAAUGAAGAAGGAGAUAAGGAAGAAAAAGCUGAAAAUGAUAAGAAUGAUAAGGAUAAAAAAGACCAGUUCAAACGGCCGGUUUGGAUGAAGCAGAAUAAAAAACAGACGUCUAAGAAGGCGAAAAAACCGGCGGCAAAACAAGUGGCGAAAGCGCCGGCCGCGCCCGCCGCUCCCGCUCCCACAGCCACGCCCGAGCAGAAAAAAAAUAAAGAAAAGAAAAAGGAGGAUGAAGGCUCAGACUCGGAGGACGAAUCGAACGCGUCAGGCUCCAACAGCGAGGGCUCCGACGAGGAGUCCCGCGACAAGUCGUCCCCGGCGGACGAGGACGACGACGACCAGUGGGACAAGUUUCAGAAGAGGAUACAGAAGCGGGAGCGGCUCGAGGGACGGUCCAAGAGCUCACACCCCGUGCACUGUCCCUACUUCCCCUUGGACAAGCAGGAGUACUGGUGGUGCUACAUCUGCGACCGCAAGUCGCACACGCUGCUGACGGCGCCGGCGGCGGUCACCGCGCUCGCCGCCACCGCCGAGCUGCAGCUGCGGUUCACGGCGCCGCGCUGGCCCGGAGUCUACACGCUGGCGUGUUGUCUCAGAUCAGAUUCGUACAUCGGCAUGGACCAGCAACAGGACAUGAAGCUGGACGUGAAAGAGGCAGCAGCAGUGCCGGCGGAGCACCCGCAGUGGGACCUCAGCGACACGGACUCCGAAAACGACGACCAGGGGGGCAACGAAAGUGAAUUUACUACAGACGAUGAAUUGGUGGAAGAGGAAUAAAUUGAAACUAAUUUAUUUUUAUAGAGUUUUUAAUGUGGUGUACUUGAAAUACUGUUGUUGUAUGGUUUGAAAGCAAGAUGAAUAUAGUAACUUUUAUAUUUA